AUGACUCGCUACACCUCAGGCGUCUCGGAUGCCUCACACGGCUCCAAGAAGCGGAAAAUGUUGCCCACCGCCACGCCUGCCGAAGAGCGGUUCGCAGCUUCUUCAUCCACCAACAACAUCACCAUGGGGGAUAGUGCUGCGGAAGGCGAAAGCAAGACUGGAAGCAAGCGUAAAAGAAGGCGGACGAAGAGCGGCCAGAACGAGUCGACAGCGGCUCGAGUACCCCGACCAUCCGUUCCUGUGGACCUCUCCAAGCUAUCCUCCAAUGACCUGCAGAAGCGUCUAAAGCUUGUUCGAUUGCGAGCAAAGAAGGCCAAUACGGAUGAGAAGAGGGCAGCGCAUGAGUCUGCUAUUCAUGAAGUUGUGAGGGCUAUACGAGCGGCAAAUGGUCGAGCUGGGAAGAAGGACGCCCGACUAGAGGAAGUGACUUGGAAGGACAAGAGAGCAGACUCGAAGGGCGGCGAGUUUGCCGCAAGGAAAGGAGCAGCGACCUCGCAUGCACCAGAUGACGAGAAAGGAAAUCCAUGGAAGAAGAUGGAGGCCGGUGAGUGCUGCGAUUCUAGUGAUAGCUCACCAGAAAAGCUUACGCGUAGCUCACGGUCUACACUGCGACAGAUCGACGAGCAGACGCCUCAGCAAAGAGCGAUGCUCGCAGAGACAAGCGGGCGGCAGAGCGAGCUUCAAAGCAGCGAUGCUAUGCGUGUAGAGGUAUGGGACACUCGGCGAAGGACUGUCCGUCAGGUCUCAAUGCGGAGAGUAGCGCACUCGACGGAGAUUUGCCUGUAGAAGGCGAUACAGAUGGGAAAGCCAAAGUGACGGGCAAAGAGACUGUCGGUAUUUGCUUUAGGUGUGGCAGCACGGAGCAUACACUGGCCCGGUGUAGGAAGGCAGCGAAACGCAACGAUGAAGGCGAAGAGCAGCUGCCAUACGCCACUUGCUUCAUAUGCAGUCAAAAAGUGAGUAUCUCUGUCGGCUGUUCCCACAGACAGCGGCUGCUGCUUACACUUUGUGGGACUACCGUGUAGGGUCACUUGUCCUCUAAAUGUCCCAAAGGCAGAGGCGUGUACCCCUCAGGUGGAUCUUGUCGUCUGUGCUCAUCCACGGAACAUCUAGUCAAAGACUGUCCACUCAGCAUACGCAAGAGCGGCAAAGGAGCAGCCGAACUCGGUCUCGCGGCAAUCGGUGGUGCUGAUUCAGGCGGCCUGUCCGCCACCGGUGGUGUCCAAGAUACAGGAAGUCUUGGAGCAGAUGAAGAUGACUUCCAUCACUUUUCCAGACAGAGAAGCGACGUGGAGCGCGAAAGAUUGCAAGAACAUCGAAAGAAGGUCUCUCGCGCACCCCAAGAGAAGGAAAAGAAAAGCGCAAAGGUCAUUGCUUUUUGA